UGGAUGACUUUGGACGUCCGCACUGCCUAGGAGCGGUGACUUCGAUCGGCCUUGCAGGCUUGUUCUCAUCUUCCCAGCCCAAGGCCUCUCCCGCAGCCAUGCUCCACCAGAUCUUCAGUCAGGCCAGGAAGCACCCUAGCUUGAUCCCACUCUUCAUAUUUAUUGGAGCGGGAGGUACUGGCGCAGCGCUCUAUGUCAUGCGUCUGGCUUUGUUCAAUCCAGAUGUCAGUUGGGACAGAAAGAAUAACCCAGAACCCUGGAACAAAUUGGGUCCCAAUGAUCAAUACAAGUUCUAUUCAGUGAAUGUAGAUUACAGCAAACUGAAGAAAGAAGGUCCAGACUUCUAAAUGAAAUAUUUCACUAUAAAGCUGCUUAAAAUGAAGGUCUUCCAGAAGCCGUCCGCACAAUUUUCCACUUAACCAGGAAAUACUUCCCUCUAAAUGCACGAAAUCAUGUUGGUGUAUUCUGUAGGGGUUUACACUGAUUA